AUGGCCCCAAAGGCCAGAACGCCAGCAAAGGCUCAGCCUCAAGCGGCGACCGCAAAAUCAGAUCCAACGCAGCAUCUCCUCGUUGACGAUCUGCCUGCAGCUGCGACCGAGCAGCAGGUCCCGACCGCUUCAGCUUCGACCUCGACACCUUCAGCAUCGUCCAGUAAAGACUCAGCUGCAGUGCCGUCGCGGAAUCUCGCCUAUCCUAUACCGAAACAUAUCAGCCAUGCGACGAUAGUCAAUACAGAGUCGCUGCUGCGCUUUGUGAUCCUUGGCCUGAUCAGCGCUGCGGCCGUAGCGAGCCGGCUCUUUGCGGUGAUACGGUUUGAGAGUGUGAUCCACGAGUUCCGGGCAUCCAAAGUACUCGUCAACCAAGGCUUCUACGAAUUCUGGAACUGGUUCGACCCAGCAGCAUGGUACCCCCUCGGCCGGACCGUCGGCGGAACCGUCUACCCCGGUCUCAUGGUCACUUCCGGCCUGAUCUGGCAUCUCCUCCGCCUGAUCAACAUGCCGGUCGAUAUCCGCAACGUCUGCGUCAUGCUCGCUCCUGGCUUCUCAGGUCUGACUGUCAUUGCAACCUACCUCUUCACCACCGAAAUGGCUCCUCCAGCGGCCGGUCUGCUAGCUGCCGCUUUCAUGGGUAUCGCUCCCGGCUACAUCUCCCGGUCGGUCGCUGGAUCUUACGAUAACGAAGCUAUUGCCAUCUUCCUGCUCAUGACCACGUUCUACGUCUGGAUCAAGGCGCUGCGGCUGGGAAGCGCCAUGUGGGGUGUCGUGGCGGCGCUAUUCUAUGGGUGGAUGGUGGCAGCAUGGGGAGGAUACGUCUUCAUCACAAACAUGAUCCCUCUCCACGCCUUUGUCCUCAUCCUCAUGGGCCGCUUCACCAACCGGCUCUACACCUCCUACUCGGCCUGGUACGUCAUCGGCACCAUCGCGUCCAUGCAGGUGCCCUUCGUCGAGUUCCUCCCCAUUCGAACAUCCGAGCACAUGGCCGCUCUCGGUGUGUUCGGUCUGCUCCAGCUCGUCGCGUUCGUCGAGACCGUCCGGAAGCUCGUGCCCGGCAGGCAGUUCCAGCUGCUCCUGCGUGCCUUCGUGGUCGUCACGUUCGUGGUCAGCUUUACGGUGCUGGUCAUGUUGACCUUCUCGGGGUGGAUUGCACCGUGGACGGGACGGUUCUACAGUCUGUGGGAUACAGGAUACGCAAAGGUGCACAUGCCCAUUAUCGCCUCGGUAUCCGAACAUCAACCCACCGCCUGGCCAUCCUUCUUCUUUGACCUCGAAAUGCUCAUCUUCUUCUUCCCCGCCGGUGUCUUUUGGUGCUUCCGCGAGCUGCGGGACGAGCACGUCUUUGUCAUCAUCUACGCGGUCCUCUCGUCGUACUUUGCCGGCGUUAUGGUCCGGCUUAUCCUCGUCAUCACCCCCGUCGUCUGCGUCUGCGCCGCCAUUGCCAUCUCGCGGCUCCUCGAGGCGUACAUUGACCCCGCUACCCCCGUCGCCACACCCGACGACUCUACCGUCACCAAAAAGGGCAAAAAAUCCGCCGCUGCCGCCUCGGCGCCCAAAGACCCAUGGACCGGGAUACUGGGCACCCAGUCCACGCGCGGGAUCUGGGGGCUCGAUACCCGGUUCGCAGUCAUCUCGACGAUGACCCUGUUCCUCUUUGUGUUUGUGUACCACUGUACAUGGGUCACCCAGUCGGCAUACUCGUCCCCGUCCGUCGUCCUUUCCUCGCGGAACCAAGAUGGUUCGCAGAACAUCAUUGAUGAUUUCCGAGAGGCGUACUAUUGGUUACGGCAAAACACGGCGGAAGAUGCGGUAGUCAUGAGCUGGUGGGACUAUGGAUAUCAGAUCGCGGGCAUGGCGGACCGCCCGACCCUUGUCGACAACAACACCUGGAACAACACGCAUAUCGCCACGGUCGGCAAGGCGAUGGCGAGUAGUGAAGAGGUGGCGUAUCCGAUCUUGAGGCGGCAUGAUGUCGAGUAUGUGCUGGUCAUCUUUGGGGGUCUGCUUGGGUACUCAGGGGACGACAUCAACAAGUUCUUGUGGAUGGUACGGAUCGCGCAGGGAGAAUGGCCAGAUGAGGUCCAGGAGGCCAAUUACUUUACCCAGCGGGGCGAGUAUGCUGUCGACGCCAGAGCCACGCCCACAAUGAAGAACUCGCUCAUGUACAAAAUGUCCUACUACCGCUUCCACGAGCUCUUUGGUGGUCAGCCCGCCCAGGACCGUGUCCGAGGGCAGACCAUGCCUCAGCAGGGUCCGGUUCUUGAUACUCUCGAGGAGGCAUUCACAUCCGAAAACUGGAUCGUGCGGAUAUAUCAAGUCAAAAAGGAAGAUCCCUUCGGGCGGGAACAUAGCGCUGUGAAUGCGUUUGAUGCGGGGAAGAGGUUGACGAGAAGUAAGAGCCAAGGGCCGGUCAAGAAGGGGAGGCCGAGCAUGUAG